GAGGAGAUACGUACAAUCUUUGUUACAGGUUUUCCUUCCAACGUGCAUGAGCGGGAGCUUCAUAACCUUGUGUGCUUCCUCCCCGGAUACGAGGCAUCACAGAUGAACACCAAGCCGGCGACCGGCACUGCACCCCAAGGCUUCGCGCUGUUCAGCAGUCAUGCCCAUGCUCAAGCCGCCAUGCUGACGCUGCACGAUAUGCCGUUCGACACCGACUGCCACUUGCGUUGCGAGAUUGCCCACAAGAACAUGUACCUCAAGGUCAGGCAUGAGUUUCGUUUUUUCGUUUUCAGUCUUGAAUAUCGUUUUCUUCGUUUUUUCAUCCGCCCGUCAUCCCUGCGCUCUUCUCCUGUCCUCACAUCCCCUGAGCCCUCGUUCUUGAAACCCCAAGUCACACGUCCCCCGGUGCCGUCUUGUGUCCCCGCAGGGAUGGCCCCGCCGGCCUUCACCAGCCCCCUGCUGGGUGGCGCUCCGGCCGUGUCGUUUGGGCCCGUGACCAACAAGUUUGACAACCCGCCAUGCAACACUUUGUUCAUUGGCAACCUGGGAGAUACGGUGGACGAGAAUGAGCUGAUGCAGGUGUUUGGCAAUCAGCCUGGUUAUAAGCAGCUCAAGUUGCUGCGCCACCCUCGACAGGUGAGCUGCUUUGUGGAGUUCGUCGACAUGGCCAGCGCAUCUGCCGUACACAGCAGACUCCAGGGCUGCAUCCUUCACACGUCUGACCGUGGCCCGAUCCGAAUCCAGUACUCCAAGAAUCCGUACGGCAAGCGU